CAGGGAAUCCUAGCAAACAGCGAAGGAAAAUCUUGCUCAUUGCUGUCGAUAGAUGUUAAAAGUUGCGGAUCGUCAAUGGUUUCAAAGGCCCAGAGAGGCCGAUGUUUUCUGAGAUCGUGCAGACAUCCCGGAUAUAUCCGUUGCCAGCGGAUAUACUCAUCGAUCGAUGCCGGUUCCGCCGCCGUCAGUAUCAAUCAGCACUGAAAAGGAGACUUAAUAAUGGUAGAUAAUUGGGGUGAGAAUCUCUAGGCCGCCCCAUCAUCAGGAUGCGUUAUCCUGUCUGUAACGUCAAUGCUUUAAUAAAUGGGGAUGGGCUGGCUUCUCAACUUUGAAAUGUGAGGGAUCCUCAGAUAUAACCAAAAAACUUAUCUAGAGCCAAUUGGUACAGCUAGAAGAAAAGAAGGAAGAGGGGUGCGCUACUUCCGUUCUUUUAGAAAAGACAUCGAUAACCCGCGUUCUCUUUUCUACCUUGAUCCAGAUCGUUUUGCAAUCACGAUGGACGAUUCAGACGACAGCAGCGUUCUCGAGGCACAAAUCACCCGAACCGAUUCAAUAAAAUCUCAAGUCCAAUCUUUUAGCCGUACUCACGAGUUCUUUUUUAUCGCUGUCGUGUGUUUGGCCCAGUUCAUGACGCAAGCCGCUCUCGGCGCCUGUUUAUCACCAUUGACCAUCAUCGGUGAUAAUCUUCACGUUAGCGACCCUGGAAUUCUGAGUUGGCUCAUUGCCGGCUACUCCCUCACCGCUGGCACAUUUAUUCUCUUCUUUGGCCGGUGUGGUGACUUGUUUGGAUACCGUACUAUGUUCAUUCUCGGCUUCUUCUGGUUCUCGCUCUGGUCCAUGGUUGCCGGUCUCAGUGUUUAUUCAAACUAUAUGCUUUUCAUCUUCGCUCGCGCGCUACAAGGCCUCGGUCCAGCCAUGCUGUUCCCCAAUGCCUUAGCUUUGCUAGGAUCCACAUAUCCUCCAGGUAUGAAGAAACGCAUGGUAUUUUCUUUAUUCGGCGGGAUGGCACCAAGUGGCGCCGUUGUAGGUGCUGUAUUCGCGGCUCUCCUGUCGGAACAGGCCUGGUGGCCGUGGACAUUUUGGUGCAUGGCAAUUUAUUGCCUGAUUUUGGCCAUCGCUGCCGUCGCCGUGCUCCCUUUUACACACAGUGUACCCAAGCACUUGCAAGCUCGGGAUAUGUUUAUUGAGUUAGAUGUAAUUGGUGCGGUCUUGGGUGUUGCUGGCCUGGUGCUGAUAAACAUCGCAUGGAAUCAAGCGCCAGUUGUGGGAUGGUCAACCGCCUAUGUCUACGUACUCCUCAUUGUUGGCGCUCUUCUCCUUGUCGGAUUCAUCUUCUACGAAAUGAAACUGGCUCCCAAACCGCUCAUUCCAUUUCAUGCGCUGAAUCCCGACGUAUCUUUCAUCCUCGGAUGCGUGGCCUGCGGCUGGGCCAGUUUUGGGAUUUGGAUUUUCUACUUGUGGCGGUUUUUGGAGAAGAUCCGUGGCCUGACACCGCUACUUGUAUCCGCCCAAUUCGUGCCAGCAGCACCAUCCGGAUUGACCGCUGCCUUUGUGACCGGUUUUCUGAUGAGUAAAAUGCGACCAGGAUGGAUAAUGCUUUUCGCCAUGACGGGGUUCACCGUAGGAAGUAUUCUUUUCGCGAUUUCACCGAUUGACCAGACAUACUGGGCACUUACAUUUGUUUGCAUUUUGAUUAUGCCGUGGGGAAUGGACAUGUCCUUUCCUGCAGCAACUGUAAUACUGUCUGACGCAGUCGGGCGGCGGCAUCAAGGGAUAGCAGCAUCUUUGGUGACAACUGUUGUGAAUUAUAGUAUAUCCAUUGGCCUCGGAUUUGCUGGAACGGUUGAAGUUCACGUCAAUAGUGGAGGCCAGACAUUCAACGACACCCUCAAGGGAUAUCGCGGGGCAUCUUACAUGGGCAUUGGACUCGGUGUUCUCGGGAUAGUGCUUAGUUUAGUGUAUCUGGUGAAAAGUGCUAGACGUCCCAGCCUGGUGAAAUAGGCUUGCCAUGAUGACCCUGUAUAUCAGAAUCUCACGCCCAUUUGGACGGUAUUUCCAUAUUAUCGAUAUUGUGUGUAAUUUUAAUUUUAAUUAUAAUGCAGAUCUCAAUAGAUGAACACGAAGUCGUGCUUUAGGCUCCAAAUAUGGAUGCCGAACCGUCAAAGUUGAAAGCUCAGAAUACGA